AAGAAGAAGGAGACAGUGAUGAUGAUGAUGAUGAGGAUUUCCACAGUCCUCCUCCUAAUCCUGAUAAACCAAGAAUGGUGAUUUCUCGCCAACCACUGCCAAUAUACGAGAAAAUCUUGAAGGCUUUGAAAGAAAACUAUGAGCACUACUACCAAGAGAAAAUGUCAAAAGCACCCCAACCAUUACAAACCCAAAGUUGUAUGAUGUUGUCUUCAGAAGAAGAAUUUCCUAGUCUUCGACGAGCAAAUCCUCAAGAAGAAACUGUAAUGAAACCUUUCAUUUACAGUAAAGAAGUGACAGCAGAAGGAUCCAAGAAACCUAUCUCUCAGGCAGAAGAAGUGCUAAACUGGCAGACAAAGAAUGCUUUAGCCCAGAAUAGCCUACUACAAAAAAUUGAAAGAAAAAUGGAUAGAAUAGAAUUGUCCAUAGAAAAGGAGAUUGGAGGCAUGAAUUCCAGGCUACAAAAGCAUUAUGCAGAAUUGAAGGAGAAAAUAGAAAGACUUGAAGAAGAAACAAGGAAAAUCAAAGAAACAAGGAGAUUCAACAACCUGCUCAUUGAAAAAGAAAGAGAGUUACAAAAAACCAAGGAGCAGUAUGAAGAACUUGUCCACUAUAUAGGAGAGAAAAAGAAGAUUCCCAUUUUCGAAGAUGACCCUUACUAUGUAAAGCCAUCAAAGAUAUUUCCAACAAUCUCUAGACAAUCCCUUAAACCAACUCCACUCUUCCCUCCAAAGGACUCUCCACCAAAACACAGGGAAUGGACCCUUAUUCUCAAUACACAAUCCACCACAUCGGUUCGGAUGAUUCAAUACCUUCUUCCGAUGAAGAAUCGAGUAGAAUCCUUUGAAGAAAACACUGAAACGGAAGAAGCGAAGUGA